AUGCCGUCCCAGCUUUCCAGGUUUCCCGAGAUAUGCCCCCGGUGCAAAAACCGGUACAACGUCCGGGUUCUGGCUGAGUUGUUCCGCCUCCAACGAGCACGACUACCAGCGUCUGCAUUCCCCAGCGCAGAGGCACAGGCCAACCCGGAGGAGACCUGCGAGCUGGCGCGCGGUUUCCUGGAUAUCUUCAACGGCGCGGGUUACACGGACGAGGAAGUCUACCGCAUCCUCGACCCCGAAUCUGAGAGCGAGGACGAUGGGCUAAACGCGCUCAGGCAAGAGAUGCAAGAUCUGGCUGUCGCCCUCCCGGCUCCCUAUGUCACCCAGCCGCCGAGAGACUCUCCCCGGCAAUCGGUCGUGAAGCGCAUGGCCUACAGUGUCGUCGAGGACGCCCUACCGCCAACCAACCUGCCCGCCUGCAAAUGCAAAGCCUACAUGCUGGCGCCGACCGGGCUGGGCUGCCUCGAUCUAGCUCUGCUGACCGACUCCGUAGCGGCCAUCGGCUGCCUCUUCACUUUAGGUCUUCGUCCGACCACGGUGCUGCCUACCGGCUUCAACAUCCUGGGUACUGCCAUCCUGGCCGAGGCCAGGCAAAUCGUAGCCCACAUCUACGAGGCUUUCACUGUGCCCCCAUUUUACUGGAUCGGCAACGCACACACCACCUUCAUCCCCGACGAACCUUCCCUCCACCCACUUACUCUGGCCCUCCGGAUGCACAACAUCCCCCUAUUCCAAUUCAUCCUCAGCCACGAGGCGCCCGACGAGCCGAUUCCCGCGGAAAUCCUGCUGUGGGCCGUCCAAUACGGCGACGUGGAGAUCGUGCGCUCCCUGCACGAGCAAGCAGGGGUGGAUUUCUUCGCGGAAGAAGACCAACCAAGCCGCCUCGUGGAAUGUCCCGACCACAAAGUGCCCGCGGCAGUUGUCGUGUACGGAGGCCUGAUGCCCAUCGCGGAAAUCCUGCUUCAUUACGCCACGCGCAACACCGCCGCCGGCGCGCGGAUGCUUCAGUGCCUACUCAGCAUGCUCCCGCCGGGAGACAUGCGCCCGCGCCGCCGCUUCCUCAACGCGCGGUCCUGGUACGGCACCACCCCGCUGAUGGACGCCGCGCGCGCCGGCAACUACGCCGCCGUCCGCUACUUGGCCGACUCGCAAAUUGCAAAGCUCGAUUUCGUCAACCCGCUCGGCAUGUCGGCACUGUACUUCGCGGUGCAGCGGUUGGACAUCCAAGCCGUCGAGGCCUUGUUCGAGGCCGGCUGCGCGAACGGGAACGAGCGCGAGGAUAAAGACGGAAGGCCGGUCAAGCCGCCCUUCUAUGCCAUUAUCGAUGCGCAUCGCCGGCCCUGCGUCGAGCGGUAUGAUCCCGCAGAGUUGAAGGCGCAUAUUGACAGGGUGUUGGAUGUGGCCAGGUUGUUGUUGAACAACGGGGCAGAUCCCAGACUCAAGUGGGAGGAGGACAGGGAGGACGAGGAGGAGGUCAAGACGGUGCUGGAGGAGGUGAAGACCGAACCUGUGCUGGAGAGGUUGGUUCAACUCUUGCAAGAAGAGCUGGAGGAGAAGGAUUUCCCGCUGAGUGAGGUUUGA